UACUGCUCCCACUUGCCCCGGUGGGGCCCGGGACCGGGAACCGCAGCUGCGACCCCGGGGGUCGGGGCGCACCCCUUUCCGGGGGCGGCCGUCUGGGCCGGGCGACUCCGGAGCUCCUCGGGCCGGUCCCCGGUGGCUCGCCGCGGACAGCAGCGCGGCUACGGGGCGGACCGCCGUACCCCGGUCGCGCCUGGCGGAGGAUAGCGGCGAGGGGCGCCCGCGGCCGCAGAGAGGGCCGCCGGUCGGGACGUUGACGGCACCUACCUGGGGUGCCGCAGAGAAACGCCGUGAAUUGCGGGGGCAUCAGUACCCCGGCCAAAUUAGAAUUUAAAUCCGUUGUUUUGAGCACCAUGACGCUGAGACUUUUAGAAGACUGGUGCAGGGGGAUGGAUGUGAACCCUCGGAAAGCGCUGUUGAUUGCCGGCAUCCCCCCGACCUGCACUGUGGCGGAAAUCGAGGAGGCUCUGCGGGCUGGUUUAGCGCCCUUGGGCGAGUACUCACUGCUGGGGAGGAUGUUCCGGCGGGUGGAGAACUGGAAUGUAGCCUUAGUAGGGCUAACCGAGGAGACUAGUCAUGCUCUGGUCCCUAAGGAGAUCCCUGGAAAAGGGGGUGUCUGGAGAGUGAUCUUUAAGCCUCCGGACCCGGAUAAUGAAUUUUUAAGCAGAUUAAACGAAUUCUUAGAGGGAGAGGGUACAACACUGGGUGAGUUGACCAGAGCUCUUGGAUAUGGAAACGACCGUUCCGACCUAGACCGGGACAGGAUCCCAGAAAUCCAGGCCCCUAUGUUGGCACAGGCAUUGGACGAGGCUCUUCAGCCUGCCCUGCAAUACCUGAAAUACAAAAAGCUGAGAGUGUUCUCAGGCAGCGAUCCUCCAGAACCAGGAGAAGAAGAAUUUGAAUCUUGGCUGUUUCAUACCACUCAGAUGAUGAAGACAUGGCAGGUGUCAGAUGCAGAGAAAAGAAGGCGAUUGCUAGAGAGCCUUAGAGGCCCAGCAUUUGAUGUUAUUCGAGUCCUUAAGAUACACAAUCCUUCCAUUACAGUGGCUGAAUGCCUGCGGGCCCUUGAGCAGGUUUUUGGGGUUAUCGACAAUCCUAGGGAAUUGCAGGUCAGAUAUCUGACCACUUAUCAGAAGGAUGAAGAAAAACUGUCUGCUUACGUGUUAAGAUUGGAGCCUUUAUUACAGAAGCUGGUAGAGAGAGGAGCAAUCGAGAAAGAUGUUGUGAAUCAGGCCCGCCUAGACCAAAUCUUUGCCGGAGCAAUCCACAGAACGCUUCGCCGGAAGCUUCCCGUGCCAAAGGACGGCCCCGCCCCUGGCUUUUUGGAAUUACUGGCACUGAUAAAGGAUGAAGAGGCAGCUGAGGAGGAGGAGGCCCUUCUCCAGGCAGGGUUAAAAGGGCGUUUCUCUUGAAUCUUAGGAAACCAGGAAGAGACAGCCGGCCGCAAGCAUGAAGCAUGAAGGUAAAACAGUCAUUGGACUCCGUGAUGGACGUUAAUCAGUCCCUUCCUCACGCUGCCAAGUAACUCGUUGUGUUCUUCUCGGUCUAAAUCCUUUGUCAUUCCUGUGCCUCGUUCAUGUUUCCUAAGUGUGUCAUAGACUAGGAAGGAUGCAGUUCUGCACUAGCAUUUAUGUAUUUAAGUUUACCCCUGUGAAUUUGCCAUAUAAAAUUGUACAGAGGGUCUGGCACCACAUACGUAUGGUGCUCCGAGAGGACAGGCAAGGCUCAGUCAUGUGCUGACCGUUGAGAUGUCAGCUUCUGUGGUAACAGGUGCAAAGAUAGCAUGUUGGAUGUGAUUAUUAUAGAUUUUAGAUGUGUGUUGUCUAUAUUUAUUAAUGGAGAUAUGAGCAGGGGUUAAGAUGCUAAGGUAUUUUCUGUUUGAAUCACAAUUUUACUGAUUCUGUGCAAUCAGAACAAGAGGCAGAAUCAAAUGCUGAGGUUGAUAAGUUUGUCAGCUGUCCCCUCGAACCCCAGAUUUCUGAUAUGUGUCGUCAGAACAUCCGUGCUGAAUGCCAUUUUAAUAGGUGUUAUAAGAUGACCUAUGUGAACUUCUAAAAUAAAGGAAUGCUGAUAAAAUGACCUUUUUAAAAA